GCGUCUAUGGAGCUAGGCGGUUAGUAAGAGUUCGACACGUUUUUAACAUUAAUAGUUUCAUAAAAUUGGUGGGUUUUCAUCUGCUUCUAUCAUCGUUGGCAUGCUAUGUUUUGAUAAAGUUCGCAUUUUUAGGUCAGUAAACGGUUGUAUAUCAUACUGUCCGAAAAAUACCAAAUAACAUCAAAACGACAUUUUGAUGUUUUGUAUGACGUUAAACGCGAACUCGCAGAAAACUACCAGGACAUCCUCCAUAAAAACGUGUUAUAAAAACAAGUGGAAUCGCCGAAAUACUGUUUUUUUGUCCAGCUUUUUCAGUCAACUAUAAGCUAGUACGAGGUUAUAUAAACCGGUUGAUUUCUUUGCACUCGCUUCUUUUUUCGUUCUCGGAACGGUUUCAGGGAUCUGGCAACAUCCUUUGAAUGGUGGCGAUACUUUUAACUAAGCACGAACAGUAUACUGUACUAACUAUAUCAAAAUCAAUAUUCGCAAAUAAACAAUGAAAAUGAUGAUGUGUCUGAAGAACCAUUUGUUGGGAUAGAUCACAAGAACCAUUGUCGGAUUUCGAUGUUGUUGUUGGAUAUUUAGAGGAGAUAAUGAUGAGUGAUCACUUCCAAAGUAUCCAAGAUACAUUUAUGAAUGAGAAUUACAAUGAAUUUGAUGAAAAUGAAGAGAAUAAAUUUUGUUAUACAGAAAUUCAUGAAAAAUAUAUUGAUACAGUUGAAAGAGUAUUAGAAGAGCAAUUAUGUCAAAGAAUACCUCAUUUCUCAAUGCGUUCAUUUACAGAUAGCUUAGUUUCCAACUAUAGUUCAUUAGAUGGUGAAGUAUUUGAAAUGUUGUAUACAUUCACUGAUUUUCUUGCAUUCAAAGAAAUGAUGAUUGAUUAUAAGAAGGCUAAAACUGGACAAACUGUUCAUUUGGAAUUGAUUAAUUCUUAUCCUAAUUAUAAUCAUCUAUCGAUCAUAAUGAAUGAUACAAUGGAUCAUUCAUUACAAUAUGGAUCUAAUAGUACAAUUAGAAACUCUUGUUCUUCAAUAACAAACUAUACAAAUGGAAAGAAUAAAAUAGAUCAUUAAAUUUUAAAACAAAAAUUUACCUAUCUGUGAAAUGAAUUACAUCAUAUUCAUUAAACUGAUUGCAUUUGUUGAUAAAUUCAUUUCCAUUUGUGUUAUUUGAAUGAUUUUUCAUUAUAUUGCAUGAAUUUAUUCUUAACUUC